UACUAUUCAUAAAGGGGAGGUCGGUGCGUACAUACGCGUUCCGCUUCAGGGAGGCAUGCUAAUAAGCGGCGUGGUACGUGAUGACGCAGGCGCCCCUGCGGGUCCCGAUUGCUGCAGCCGCUUGUCAGUGUGACGAAGAUUGGCAGCGGGUUACAGGCCCUGUUCUAAAGGGGAAGACAACCAUGCAGGAUAUUUGGGAAUAGACAAGAGAAGCUGAGAGGCGAGUGUGAAGGCACAAGAAGAAAUGUGAGUCCAUGGGAAGGGUUUCUUUCCCGGUACAGAUACUGGCUCAGUAGCCCAGUCCCCAUCACCGUGAUGUGAAAGGCCAAGGGCAGUGCAUCAUGAUGUCUGCUGAGAGGUUGGACAUGGACAAUUACUCAGAGGAACAGCAGCUACAAGUCAUCACUCAAUUUAAAACCGAGGACGACCCUGUGUGUGUGAAUUCCUCUGCCCCGUCUCCGGUGUCCGGGGAUAAUCCGAUGGAGGCCGAUAAACAGUCCAUAUACAGGCACCCACUCUUCCCCCUUCUUGCUCUGCUUUUUGAGAAAUGUGAAGGCUGCACACAGGGGGCAGAAGGUACAACAUCCGCCAGCUUUGACUUGGAUAUUGAGACAUUCGUCAGACGCCAUCACAAGGAGGGAAAGGAUUUCUUCUCUAAUGACCCAGAGACUGACAGCCUGAUGGUGAAAGCCAUACAGGUGCUGCGGAUCCACCUGUUGGAGCUGGAGAAAGUGAACGAGCUCUGUAAGGAUUUCUGCAGUCGCUACAUUUCCUGCCUGAAAACUAAAAUGAACAGUGAGACACUGCUGAGUGGGGAAGCUGCUGGCCCAUACUCCCCCGUACAGUGUGGGCUUAGUGGGGCCCUCAGCCCGCAGGGAAUUGUUGUUCCAGCCUCGGCUUUGCAGCAAGGGAAUGUGGCCGUGGCAACUGUGGCGGGUGGCACUGUUUACCAGCCUGUGACUGUUGUGACUCCGCAGGGGCAAGUUGUGGCUCAGGCUCUGUCCCCUGGUACCAUCCGCAUCCAGAACUCUCAGCUGCAGUUACAGCUCAGUCAGGACCUGGGGCUUCUGCACUCAGACGACGGCUCUGGAAAGAACAAGCGAGGAGUCCUUCCAAAACAGGCCACUAACGUCAUGAGAUCCUGGCUCUUCCAGCACAUUGGGCACCCGUACCCCACAGAGGAUGAAAAGAAGCAGAUUGCCGCUCAGACAAACCUGACCCUGCUCCAAGUUAAUAACUGGUUUAUUAAUGCCAGGCGCAGGAUCUUGCAGCCCAUGUUGGACUCCAGCAGCAGCAGCGAUACACCAAAAGCCAAGAAGAAGAGUGGGCAGAGCCGCCCAGUGCAAAGAUUCUGGCCUGACUCCAUUGCUGGGGGAGCAUCACAGCAGGGCACAGACCUUGAUGUAUCAGAUGGUACAGUCGUGACACUAUCAGCCCCCGGUGGUCUUGGAACCGACAGUUUGCAGUCCUUGACAUCAGAUGGCGCAACCCUGGCUGUUCAGCAGGUCAUGCUGGGAGGACAAAGUGAUGAUGAAUCACUGGAUACAGACCAAGAGGACACAGACACUGGAAUCAGUGAAGGGGAGCUAAGGGGACUAGUGCUGAGUGGCGGAGGGCUCCAGUGAUAAAGACUGCUAAGUAGUGUUUGAUGGGUUGCAUUGCAGUGACCAUCCAUGUUGUUAACAGUAGUGUGCAAGCAAGCUGCAAUGUGCGUUUUACCCACAGUGUGCUGAACGUUACGCCCUGCCAUCCCUCACUGCCACAAUCAACAUAUCCUUCACUUGUGACAACAUAUUUUGCACCUUAAUAAGUGGACUCCUGCUUCCAAGGGUCAAUUGCCAAGUGACCCUCGUCUCCUAGAGUCAGGGGGGAAGUGACCCAAAAAGAACAGGAGCAGGGGGUUUGUAAAGUGGACAAUAAAGGGCUCUCCCAGCCCAGAAUGGGAAAUUUUGUAUGAUGUGUAGGUCACUACCAGCCAAAUGUUUGGUCACGCCACUAUGGUUGGAAUUUUUUUUUUGCGUUAUCCCAGUGUGUCUCGAGAAAGAGUGGUGGGUGACUGGCUCUCACAUUGGGCUGCCAGGGUUUACAUGCCAACUCUUUCAUCCUAUCAAUUCUACGAGUUAUGGUGUCAGUGUGUCUCAAGAAAGAGUGGUGGGUAACUGGCUCUCACAUUGGGCCGCCUUGUUAACUUGCCAGCUCUUACAUCCCAUGAAUUGUAUGAGUUAUGGGUCUAGUGUGUCUUGAGAGGAAUUGGUGGGUGACUCUAGAUCUCGCUCAAGGCCGAUUCACUUGUCAACUCUUACAAUGCAUGGAUUGUGUGAGAUAUUGUGUCAUUGUCUCUGGAAUAGAAGCCAUGGGUGGCACUCUGGGUCUUGUGCCACCAUGAUUUCUCAACUAUUAUAGCCCAUAUGUUGAGCAACCCCCCACAGUGCCCUCCAUGGAGAGGAUAAAUGGUUGAUUUUACUCCCCUAAUGAUAGAACUGUAUUUUUGUAGGGUUGUGAGAAAAUAAACCUUGAAACAUCUA